CUGAGUGGUGUAGUGUGUGUGUGUGUGUAUGUAUAUUUCUGCGGAGCUCCGCAUCAAUUACACUGAAACUGACAUCAGUUACCCUGAAACCGACAUCACCUCCACCCCAACUCCAUUCCCCAACCCCCCCUCCUGCAGCCCCAGACCUCUCUCCUUUGGGAAUAUGUGUGUGGAGAAAGAGACAUCAGACUGUCCCCUCUCCGGCUCCUCGGACGAGAUCCGGAGCCUGAACGGCGCUCCCUCCUCCUCUGCCUCCGCCGCAGAUACGCCGUUCAGCCCGGCGGAGAAAUUCCGGGCUUUGUAUCGCCUGCGCCCGCACAUCGCCGCCGGGGUGCUCAGUUUCGGCUACGUGGUGAAUUAUAUGGAUCGCUUCACAGUGGCAGGUGUACUGGCGGACAUCCAGAGACAUUUUGGGGUCAGCGACAGUAAAUCCGGAUUGUUGCCUACAGUUUUCAUCUGCAGCUUCAUGGUGGCCACCCCUAUCUUUGGUUUCCUUGGCGACCGCUUCAACAGGAAGUUCAUUCUGAGCUGUGGGAUAUUUUUCUGGUCAGCCGUUACCCUGAUCAGCUCCUUCAUUACUAAGCCGAACUUCUGGCUCUUUCUCAUCUCGAGAGGUCUGGUCGGGUUUGGUGAGGCCAGCUACUCCACAAUCGCUCCCACCAUCAUCGCUGACAUGUUUACCAAAGACACCAGAACCUGUAUGCUGUCCUUCUUCUACUUUGCUAUUCCACUGGGAAGUGGACUCGGCUACGUUCUGGGAUCCUGUGUGACACAGGCGUCUGGAGACUGGCACUGGGCACUGCGGGUGACCCCAGCCAUGGGCUUCGCCGCAGGGACCCUCAUCAUCCUACUGGUCCCUGAGCCAAAGAGAGGAGCUGCAGAGCAGCAGCUGGUGCAACUUCGAGCCAGUACCUCCUGGACCAAAGAUAUGAAGGCCGUGGUGAAAAUCCCAAGCUUUGUGUUCUCCACUCUGGCCUCAGCCUCUGUGUCCUUUGCCACUGGUGUGCUGGGCGUGUGGAUCCCGCUGUACCUGUUUCGGGCAGAGGUUGUACAGAAGAACAUUGAGCCGUGCACUGCGGAGCCAUGCAGUGGCAGAGACAGCUUGAUAUUUGGAGCGAUCACUUGUGUGACGGGCUUCCUUGGACUGAUCGUGGGGGUCGCAGCGACGAGGUGGUACCGGACAAAAAGCUCCCGAGCUGACCCGCUGGUCUGUGCGUUUGGAAUGCUGAGCUCGUCCAUAUUCAUCAGCCUCAUCUUUGUCUUUGCCCGGUUCAACAUCGUGGGAGCCUACAUGUGUAUAUUCAUCGGAGAAACCCUCCUGUUUUUGAACUGGGCCAUUACGGCAGACAUCCUAAUGUACGUUGUUAUUCCAACUCGACGCUCAACAGCAGUGGCCUUGCAGAGUUUCACCUCUCACUUGCUCGGAGACGCAGGCAGCCCUUAUUUAAUUGGGGUUAUCUCGGAUGUGAUCAGACACAGUAAGCCCGACUUGGAUCUGUGGGAGUUCCUCAGCCUGGGCUAUGCUCUGAUGCUGUGCCCAUUUAUCAUUGUCCUAGGAGGGACCUUCUUCUUGGCCACAGCCCAUUUCAUUGUGCAGGACCGUAACAGGGCACACCAACAGUUGGAAGAGAUGAAGCUGGUUUCUGUGAAAGUUUGAGCAAGAGUUAUGGACGGAGCGGGUCAAAAUGCCUCACAAAUUGACAACUUUUUGCCUUCAAAUGGCCAUACGGUUUCUCAUCACCGUGUGACUGGACCUUCCAACCACUGGGGGGGACGUGAGGAAUCUCCCAAGGGAACGGCACAACUUCGAAAAGGCGCUCAACUGUAUGGAACCUCUCCACCAGCCAGACACGACUCUCAAUUCCCUUCUCCUUGUGGAAAUCCCUGCGUAAGAGCAAAGUCUUAACAAUCCGUGUUGGUUUCUGUGUAUUUUUUUGACUCCCCCCUCCACUGGGUUGUGUGUCAAGGGCUGACCUCAGUGGUUGGAGCCAACAUGCCCAGCUCCAACCAAAGAGAAUGCUCCAACCUCUGAUUUGGCAACGUUGGGGGAUGGGUUUGAUCCACACCAGGGUGCGAGCAGCUUCUGAGACAUUGGAUAUUAUCCCUUUUUCGUUUAAUGCCUGUGGUUUGGAAUCAUCACUUGGAUGUGACUAAAGCCUAGUUGGAAUAAUGGUGAAAUCUCCUCACCCGAGACAACUACAUAGGAAACAGUCAACGUGGAGAUAUUGCCCUUAAAUGAGAGAGAGCACUUUGAGCUCUUCUAUAGUAGGAUGCUGCUUUCCUGUUAUGUUUUGAGGCGGUAUUAGCAAUAUAUAUAUUAACUAGUGAAUUGAAUUUCACCUUUAAGCUGUAUUGGAUUGUAAUUUCUUUUUGUACUCAUGUCAGUGAUAUGCAAAUAGCAAAGUAACCACUGGCUUAUGGAUAUGCACUAAAAAUCCCCUGAAGUGAAGAUGCUCAAAGCAAUCCUAAACUCUUUCCUUCUGCACCUACUUUCUAACCUUAAAUCACACUGACGCCAAUGUGAAAAGGUCAAGGACUGGGGAAUGGAAAAGUGAUAUGCGGCACUCAGUUGUGUCAUCUCCCUUUGGACACAGCAACAAACUUGGCCCCAUCUACUUCCUUGUUAUUCUUCAAGAUGGGUCCGGUAAGUCAUUUCAAGCCAGUCCUCAACCCACUCUCUUAAAUUGCAAGCGAUGGAUCCACAACAGAAACUGACUUGUGCAUCUCUCAACAAUUCCCUCUUCAUGUCCGCCACAAAGCCUCUUUGCCCAGGCAAAUAUCUAUCAAAUUCCCCAUUUGCAAUCUAUUUCCCCGAGAAAGCACCCCCCCCCUCCCCGGUUCUCACACAGCGAGUAGUUGGGGUGGAAACCUGGUGGAGCCGGUUCAAUUAAGGCAUUCAAGAGGCCACUGUUUUUAUUUUAAAUAAUUGCCCAGGGUGCAGGACAUUGGCUGAAAAUUAUAAUACUUUGAGAGGUGGUGUGGACAUGAUGGGCUGAAUAGUUCCCUCCUCAUAGAAUCCCUAGUGUGGAGACAGUUCAUUCAACCCAACAAGUCCACAUCAACCCUCCAAAGAGCAUCCCACCCAGACCCAUUCCCCCACUUGUAACCCUGCAUUUCCCAUGGCUAAUGCACCUAAUCUACACAGCCUGUAGACUAUUUAAUAUGGCCAAUCCACCUAACCUGCAUACCUUUGACUGUGGGAGGAAACUGGGGCACCUGGAGGAAACCCGCACAGACACGGGGAGAACGUACAAACUCCACACAGACAGUUGCCCGAGGCUGGAAUCAAACCCAGAUCCCUGGCGCUGUGAGGCAGCAGUGCUAACCACUGAGCCACUGUGCUAAUCUAUCAGCUGAAGACAGAAUUGCAUUGGAGUGCCACUUUACUGCCAUGUGAUUUAGCAGCUGUCUUUUUU